CGGAUGAAAGGGCGGCGUCUCCCAGAUCUGCAGGUGCGGGAGAAAAUACUCGGAUCUUGUUGACAAUCGAACCCCUCUUCUUCAUCCUCUCUAUGUUCUUGCUGCUACUAUUGGGUGCUGGGGUGACCAGGUUCCAUGGAUGCGGCGGUUGAAUCGAUGAAGAACUUGUACCCGACGACUGAAUCAUUGGACAACAACCUAUCUUUCACUGAGCUUCUCAGCCUGGUUGCUCAUGAAGCCGAGAGCAGGAAAGGGUGGAACGAAUCAGAUGUGAAAACUGCAGAGGUCGAUGGUACCAAUAACGACAAAACGUUUCCUCGGGUGCUAAGUGCAGGGCAAGAGAUGAACAUGGAAUUUAAUUUCAGCUCAGAACUCCCUGAUGAAUCGAUAGAUACCUGCUUGUUCCAAGAUAGUUCCUUGCUAAGCGGAUCUGUGAAUGGAAUGGUAGAUAUACCCAAGGGGAAUGGCACUAGAAGUUUCUCUACUUUCAACAAUAUGGAUGAGGACAGUGUCGGAAUGGAUGUGACGUCCCAGAAUAAGGACUACAAUGUUGGUCCAAUAGAGGAGUCGAUGAGGAAAUAUUGCGAGGACAAAAGAACGGUCAUGUUCAAGCCGGAGGUAGGAAUGGAGUUUUCCUCGACAGAGGAAGCAUACCAAUUCUACAACAUGUAUUCGUGGGUAGCCGGUUUUAGCAUAAGACUAGGAGACAACUACACGAAUAAGAAGAAAGAAAGGACAAUGCAGGAGUACCUUUGUCAGCGGCAGGGUACUGACAACGAGACAAAGUACUCUACAACAAGGUGUGGAUGCAAGGCAAUGAUGAGGGUUUCUGUCAAUGAUAAUUCUGUCUGGUAUGUUAAGAAAUUUGUAGUUGAGCACAACCAUGAUAUGGUAGAAAGCUGUGGAGAGAAAAAGCACCUUCCUUCACAUAGACAAAUUGAUAAGCACACUAAGGAGAUGAUCAGGCAUUUAAGAGAGAACAAUGUAAGCCUUACUAGAGUAAAUUUAGUCAUGGGUAGUUUGUUUGGAUCAAUGGAGAAUGUGCCUUUCAGUAAGAAGACACUCCGAACGGUAUGUUCUAGAAUAGCAAAAGAAGCUUUGGUUGAUGAUGUUCAGAAAACUCUAGAAUCAUUUAGGGAAAAAAAUAUCUAG